UGUUGCAGUCACCACCCUAAUGCCAGCAACAGCCAUAGCUUUCGAAACAACAACAGAGGUGGCUGCUGCAGCAGUAACAACAACAACAGCAAUUGGCAUAGAACAAAGCAAUAGCAGCGAGUCGAGUUCAACGACUUCUACCACCACAGAGGCAGAGACGAGCAACGCCAACAAAUUGGAUGCUGCUGUUGGAGCUACCGCUGUGCCAAUUGUUGAGCCUUCGUCUCGUUCCACCAGCAUAGAGCCGAUAACAUCGACGGAGCCCACAACAACACCCCCAAAUGUCAGCUUGGAUCAUCCCGAAGGCACACACAUACAACACAUACCGUUAAGAGAUGAGCAUGCUGAGAAUGUAGGAAGUUCAACCACCACUGAGCAGCAGCAGCAACAACAACAGCAGCAGCAGCAACAACAACAAAAUGAGCUGCAAUUCAAUCAAAUUUCUAGCGAGAACGAUGAUGAAGCCAAGGAGUUGAAUAAUUUUCGACAUCCGGCAACGCUAAUAACGGCGAGCAACAGCGAGGAGUCGGCGGCGUUGUUGUUGCAGGAAAGCGAAAGUGACAGCGACAAGCUGACCACCACAACAACAACAACAACGACGACGACGACAACGACGACUACGGAGCGCAGCGAACAGCGCGAUGAAGAUCCCUAUCAUGUGCAUAUACUGCCCGAGAAUCAUGAACGCCUGGCCGAACAUGAAGAUUAUCAAAUGCUGUCGAGCAGCACUGAGGAUGCCCCGACAACAACAGCAACAGCAACAACGACAACAACAACAACUGCAGUGCCUGCUGCUGUUGUGGAUGCAGACAAAAUUAUUGUCAGUGUGGAGAAUCGAGCGACGGCCGAGCCAGAAAGCAACCAGGGAGGAGCAGCAACAACAACAGCAGCACCAUCACCAACAAGUUUAAGCAACGAAGCGCGCGCACGCGCCAUGCAUAUGAAUGAGCAGCAGGAAGAAGCAGCAGAAUCGCAAAUGGGCAGCACAGAAAGCGCUCCUGCAGUGAUUAACAUUGUUGAAGGACAACAUUUGCAACACUCCAGCGAGACAACAACAACAACAGCAGCAGCAACAACAACAACACCAGCUUCCAACACUGCCAACACAGAGCUGCCAGAAAGCAGCACAGUGUUGGCCUUUGCGGGAGAGGGACGCGCUGCCCAUAUGGACAACGAUGUCGAGCUCUUUGUUGGCCAAACCAAUGCCAGUUCAUCCACUCAUGCAGCCUUCAUGGACUUGAGUGAUGUUAGCAUGGAUGAGGAGCGUGCAGACACUGCAACAACGAGUACAACAGCAGCAAGUACAACAACAACCAGUACAACAACAACAACACCAAUACCAACAACCACAUCAUCAUCACCAGAGUUGUCCAAACAGGAAACGGAAGUGCCGAAAAUCGUGGAAGUCACUGCCACUGGUGACACGAUGCAACGCGAAUGCUUGGCCAAUAACAAGAGCUACAAGCAUGGCGAGACGAUGGAACGGGACUGUGAUGAGCGUUGCACCUGCAAUCGGGGUGAAUGGAUUUGCGAGGCACGCUGCAAGGGCAACAGCUAUCCGCGGGGCAGUCAGCGGAGCAUGGCGAAUCCCAAUUGCCACGAGCGGGUUGUGGAGGAGGACGAGUGCUGUCGCGUUAUGGAAUGCAAUGAACCACUGUUGGAGCCGAGUGUGCCGGCCACAGAGCUGGGUGUGGGUGUGGGUGAGUUUUUGAACCUUUCUUUCAUUUGGAAAGCGAACCAUUAAUCAGGCUUGACGUCGAAGACGCGCAGCGAUUGUCACUACAAUGGUGGAGUGUAUAAGUUCCGCGAGCGUUUGGAGAUCGGCUGCGAACAAAUCUGCCACUGCGAUGAGGACGGUAUUAUGAAUUGUAAGCCGCGUUGUCCCGAACGGAAUCACACGCGUGCCGACAAGUGUGUGUACGUCAAGGAUCCGAAGGAUGUGUGCUGCCAACUGGAGCUCUGCGAUGUUACUCUGGACGAUCAUGAGCAGCAGCAGCAGCCGACGCUGCACGGCUCCCCCAACAGCAUUGGCGAGCCGGAUCAGCUGCAUCCGCUAUAUCCAGCCCUCGAGCCGCAGGCCAGAGAUGCCGGCGGCGUCAGCGCCAGCUGCACCUUCAAGGGCCUGCCCUAUGAGUUGGGGCAGCAGUUCCGCGAUGGCUGCGAACAGCUCUGCAUCUGCAACGAGCAGGGCGUGCAUUGUGCCAAGCUCGAGUGCCCCUCGCACUUCGGCUUAGACGUACUCAAUCCGCACUGCAUACGCUGGGAGCCGGUGCCUGCCGACUUUAAGCCCAACCCGCCCGCCUGCUGUCCAGAGAGCAUGCGCUGCGUCGACAAUGGCACCUGCCAGUAUGGGGGCCAACAGUUCGAUAACUGGUCCCCCAUACCCGCUAAUCUCACAGGUUGCGAACAACAUUGCUAUUGCGAGAACGGAAAGGUGGAGUGCCGGCCUGCGUGUGCGCCAGUCCUGGCCUUGCCGCCCCCCGAUCUGCCCUGCCAUCCGGCGCAGGCCCGCCUCCUCCCCAUACCCGACGACGAGUGCUGCAAGCACUGGGCCUGUCCCCCCGCCGGCCCCAAAGUUGCUGGCCAGGAACACGAGGAGGAACCGUCAACGCCAUCACCCCUCCAUCCAAAUGAAACAACGACAACGACAACAACAACAACAGCAGGUAUAAUGACAACAACAACAACAACAACAAAUAAAGCGCCGCAUAAGCCCACAGACUUUGAGAAGAAAGCGACGGGCGCGUUUUAUCCCACGCUCGAUGGCAAACCACCCAAGGUGGCUGGCAUUUUUGGCUCAGAUCUCGGCAGCAAGCCCGAGAAGCACGAGAAACCGCACAAGAAACCACUGCCGCCCACCACACCGCCGCAGCAUAACGAUAUUAAAUACGAUGUGCAUGAGGAGCAGGUGGAGGACGAGCGCGCACCACCGCCGCCACCUAGUGGUGGCUUCAUGCCCAUACCCCUUGGCCAUGGCCACUUCAAUGACUAUCAGCAGCAGCAACAGCAUCAACAACAGCACCACCUGGGACCCUAUGGCUUCUAUAAUCCCAUAAAGCCGCCCUACGAUGCGUACAAUCCCUACGAACCCUACGAUCUAAAUCCCAACGGCAUUCCGCAGGGUAAGCCACCCACACCCACUAGUCAAUCGGACCUGUUCAAUAUAUUGGGCGCUGAACAGCCACCCGGCAACCACAAGGAUAACCACAAUUUGCCGCAACACGUCCGCAUCGAACAGAUUUUGCAACAUUUGCAACAGACCGUGCCGGGCGGACCGGGCGGACAGAAACCACCACAGUCGCCACAUCUACCACCACAACAACAACAGCCGCUGGGUCCGUUUGUGGCUCAUGGUCCGUUGAAUGGCAGCGGCGAUCAGCAAACACCGCAUUAUGUGCCCAUCGUGCACAGUGGAGUGCCACCGCCGCCGCCACCACAUGGCAUCGCCAUUGUCGAUGGCCAGCCAGUGGCUUAUGAGAGUUAUCCAGUCAUACCGGGUCUGGGUGUGGCGCCCAUUCAUCAAACGGAGCAACAACAACAACAACAGCAACAGCAGCCAGAGCAGCAGCAGCAUCCAACCAGUUCCAGCACCAGUAGCCUCGGUCUGGCCACUCAGGCCAGCGAGCACAGUCUCCAUCAGAGCCUGGACAAGCGCCCAACGCAAGCAGGCUUCAACAACAAUUUACAACCGGACAUUGAGGUGCAUACGCUGGAGGCCAUCGAUCCACGGACCAUACGAAUUGUCUUCACCGUGCCGCAGGUUUAUGUGAACCUGCAUGGACGGGUCGAGCUGAGGUAUACAAAUGGUCGGGGCAAUGAUACGUCCACUUGGGAACAGCAGAUCUUUGCGCCACCCGAAGAUCUCAUUGCCACUUCUCAGAUGGAGUUCGAUUUGCCGGGUCUGGAACCUAAUUCGCUAUAUCGUGUGAAGAUCACGCUGAUCUUGCGCGAUUUGAACUCACAACCCUCGAGUGCCAUCUUCACCGUGAAGAUGCCAGCAGAACGCACUAUUACGCCGCCACCUUCCAUCUCGGACUACAGACCCGACUUCCAGGACAUAUUCAAGACCGUGGAGGAUCCCGAACUCAAUGUCAGCGAAACGAACAGCACGUGGCUGCAGCUUACGUGGAAGAAACUCUCCGACGAUCAGCUGGAAUAUGUCGACGGCGUCCAGUUGAGAUAUAAGGAACUCACGGGCAUGAUUUACUCCUCCACUCCGCUCAUACAUCGCACACUGACCAGCUAUACCAUCCAGAACUUGCAGGCGGACACGGGCUACGAAAUCGGCAUCUAUUAUAUACCCUUCCCGGGUCACGGCGCCGAAUUACGUGCCGGCCAUAUGAUUAAGGUCCGCACCGCGCCAAAGGUAGAUGUCUACAGCUUCGAUGUUACGGUCAAUGUGACCAAGGUCAAGGCUCAGAGUGUGGAAAUUUCGUGGAACGGUGUGCCAUAUCCGGAGGACAAAUACGUGCACAUCUAUCGCGCUAUCUACCAGAGCGAUGCCGGCAAGGAGGACUCCAGCGUGUUCAAGGUGGCCAAACGGGAUAGCACGACGGGCACUCUGAUUAUGGAUCUGAAGCCGGGCACUAAAUAUCGUCUCUGGCUCGAGAUGUAUCUCACCAAUGGCAAUACCAAGAAGAGUAAUGUCGUCAACUUUAUUACCAAGCCGGGUGGACCCGCGACGCCGGGCAAGACUGGAAAACUUUUAACAGCGGGCACAGAUCAACCGGUUGGCGACUACUAUGGUCCGCUUGUUGUGGUCUCUGUUGUGGCCGCGUUGGCGAUUAUGUCAACGCUUGUGCUGUUGCUGAUCAUCACUAGGAGGCGUGUCCAUCAAACGGCAUCCAUCACGCCCCCGCGCAAGAGCGACGCUGCUUACGACAAUCCAUCGUACAAAGUUGAAAUUCAGCAGGAGACGAUGAGUAUGUAACAGGCCGCUGUUAUGUUAAUUAACAUACGCACUCACUGUUAAAUGCUUGCAGAUCUGUAACAGCGCUGACAUACCAACAACAACAGAAGGCAAUGAUGAUAAUGAUGUUGAGAUGAAGAUAAUGAUGAUUGGGCAAAACUCAAACUUAAAACUAGUUUAAAAUUGUGUUGUAAAUAUUUAAAAACAAAAAAGAACUCAAACUCAGUGCGGUUAAUGGAAAAUCGUGAACAAUGUUGGAUUACGUAUUUUUUGGUUCAACCAGAGAGUGAAAGAAAUUUGUCAAAGCCAUGUUAAAUGUGUAUUUUUUGUAUGCAAAGCGCUUAGCAUGUGUUGUACGUAGUUUGUAAGUAAAUUGUCCAAAACAUAAGAAAAUAAGCGAAAAAAAGGAAACAGAAACUCAAUUUUUGUUAAACAAUUUUGUGUUGUAUAUAAAAAGUAGGAAUUCAAUUCGGUAAUUGGCCGCCAUUUGGGUGUGAAUUGAUUUGCGCAAUUUCUAUUUAGCAGUUUCUAAUAAUUAGUUAGUUAACUUGUAAAUUUUAGCUUUACAUACUUAUUAAUUUAUAGGCGAGCGAGCAGCACGACUAACAACAGCAACAACAGCCGCAACAACAAUGAGAGCCGCACACUUAAAUAACAGUCCAUAAAUAUUUAAAUUAGCUUUUAAAUGUAAUGAGAUAUGCAUAUAAAAAUAAUAAACGUACAUAUAAAGUAUAUACCUAA